CCAUCUAUUUCCACAUUUCCCUGAACUUUAGAUAGCUAGGUACUACAGCUUUCAAUGUGCUUUCCACAUAUUUUAGGUCUUCUAUAUACUUUUAGAGACUAGAGAGUUCCAGAAGGAUUUUAAAAGGCUUUCUAGGUGCAUUUUAGAGCAUUUGAAGGCUUUUCAGAGUUUCAUACAUGCUUUACUAUAACGUUUUUCCAGCCACCAGACCACUUCCUCUCCAAAGCUUCUUCACUUGCUGCUGGAGACCAUUCACCUGCAGGUCUUUUCUAGGAAUAUUCGAUUGCUAUCACUGCAUAUGUUCGCCUAUAGCUUUGGGAAAGGCAUAGAAAAGUUCUAAGAAGGAAUUAAUUAGCUUUAUUUACUGCACUUGCUAGGGAUGGGUCAUAUCAAAGCAUUUCACAACUUUAUGCGUCUGUUACUCUGGAAAGCAUGUUACACAUUUUUCAUAGUGUUCAAAACUUUUCUUAAUUAAAAAACCCACAACAUACAUUUUUACAGAAGACUAACAAGUUUUCUUUCCGAAGAAAAUGCCGUAGGUACUGGGGGUUGCUUUUGAAAGUCUGAUUUUGAGGACUUAAUUGGUGCCAAAAAUCUAAAGGACCAAAAAACUACCUCAUGAGAAUCAAAAUACUCUCAAACUCUUGAGAAAGCGGACAAUUUUGAAGGGUUUUGGAAAGUUUAGCAAAUUUUCCUCAUUUCAUUGCUCUGAAGCCUUUAAAAACUACCGACUUUCCGAGUUAAAAAAUACCCUGGGAAAUUUUAAAAUUUCUUAGCGUAUUGUAUCAUUUAAAAUUUUAGGUGCGUCUAUAGCGCUAAAAGAAUAAAAAUUAUAUAAGUGGAUUGUUGUUGUAUCUACAAACCAUGUAAGUACACGUAGAGGACAAAUAAAGUUGACAUAUGUCAACAAAGGAACUAUCUGAGAAAACACUUAAGUGCAGCAAAGAAGAAACUUUAGUGUUGAAUUUGAAAUUCGAAUUUAUCUAUGAAUAGUGGCGCUAUCUACAAAUAUUUACGACGUGAAUGUAAACUGAUUUGGGUCUACCUGUCACCUUUCGAUCCAAGUUAUCUGUGGUCGUCGCCCCUUCUCCUGUCAGGUGAAGUGUAUAUUCUGUGGUAAUUUUUUCUGCCACGAUGUAAAUGGAAAAUUUGUUUUCCACGAAAAAACAGGAAUUGUACUUGGUUCCAUAAUUAACCGAAUUUGCUUACAACUUAUUCCUCUUCAACGCCCGUCAAAAAUGCGAUAAUAGCUCAAUUGAAAGAAGCCAUGGAUGCUUCGAAAAGUCAUCAUGUUUCCAUACUACUCUCUUCAGAUGGAUACAGCAAAGAGGCCAAGAAGACUAAAAGCAUUUGGAGGUGGUGGAAUCAACUAUCACGAUUCCAACGUAGCUUAGUUUACAUGUUCAGUGCUGCUGUGUUAUUUACAAUUGUAUACUUCUUACCCGGCUACUCGGAGAACUCAAUUGUCGAUGUUAAUAAGGCUGAGGUGAAUACCAUUAAGAAGGAUGUCUUGGUGAAUAUAAGAAAUGAUCCACGCGACGUCGAAAACGAUUUUAACGAGAUAGAGAAUGAAAACCAAGUGUUAGAGGAGCCUGCCGACGUACCAGUUGAAGAAAUUAAUAAUGCCAAGCAUGUGCUGGCUCGUCCCAACAUUGGGGUGCAGUUUUCAGGUGUUUUGGACGAUAGACAGCAGGCCGUUGUCGAUGCGUUCAAGCACGCGUGGAAAGGUUACCGGCAGUUUGCGUGGGGGCACGACCAUUUAAAGCCGAUGUCUGAGGGUUAUCACGAUUGGUUCGGGCUGGGAUUAACAAUUGUUGAUUCGUUAGAUACCCUUUAUAUCAUGGGGUUGAAAAAAGAGUUUCUUGAAGCUCGAGAGUGGGUCGAGAAGUUUCUACACUUUGAUAAGAAUAGAGACGUCAACUUGUUCGAAGUCACAAUCAGAGUGUUAGGAGGGUUGCUGAGCACUUUUCAUCUGAGCGGUGAUAAAAUGUUUCUCAAUAAAUCUAUUGAUCUGGGUGAUCGUUUACUGCCUUGCUUUGAUACGCCGAGCGGUGUUCCAUUUUCUGAUAUUAAUUUAUUUACCACUAAGGCUCACGCACCAAAGUGGUCACCUGAUAGUAGCACAUCUGAGGUCACCACCAUUCAGCUGGAAUUUAAAGAUUUGAGUAGAAGUAGUGGGAUUUUCAAAUAUGAGGAAGCAGUGGCAAAGGUGGCGUACCAUGUACAUACGUUAGAAAAAAGAGACGGUUUAGUUCCUAUAUUCAUAAACGCAAACUCUGGGCAGUUUCGAUCUCACUCCACCGUAACACUCGGAGCAAGAGGCGACAGCUACUACGAGUACUUACUUAAACAGUGGAUUCAAACCGGAAAAACAAUUGACUACUUGAGAGACGAUUACAUCGAAGCGAUUAAUGGUGUUCAAAAGCAUCUGGUUCAGAGAACCGUACCCAACGGUUAUUUAUUCAUCGGCGAGCUGUUGGUCGGCGGAAAGGAUUUUAAACCUAAAAUGGAUCAUUUGACGUGCUAUUUGCCCGGGACACUUGCGUUGGGAGUACAUCAUGGAAUGCCCCAAAGUCAUAUGAAGCUAGCCGAAGAGCUGAUGACUACCUGCUAUCAGACGUAUGUUCAACAACCCACUUUUCUGGCACCAGAAAUCACUUACUUCAACAUACAUGCAGAUAACUCGAACGAUAUGUACGUCAAAACCAACGACGCGCACAAUCUGCUGAGGCCCGAGUUCAUCGAAAGUCUCUGGUACAUGUAUCAAAUAACGAAGAACGCCACAUAUCAAGAUUGGGGUUGGAACAUCUUUCAGGCGUUCGAGAAGUACACGAAGGUAGUGAACGGCUACACGUCGAUCGGUAACGUACGUAACACGGCAAAUGUUCGUCCCAAAGAUUUGAUGGAAUCAUUUUUUCUUAGCGAAACCUUAAAGUAUUUAUAUUUAUUAUUUAGUAGUAAUCCUAAGCUGUUAGAUAUUGAUAAAUACGUUGUGAAUUCUGAGGCUCAUCCUCUACCUAUAUAUUCAUCGUGAUCUAUAAAGCAAUAGUCAGUGUUAUCUAGUCUUAAUGAAAGCGUAGUAGAAUUGAAAAUUUUGAUUGUUAGGUAAUUGUUUUUAUUUAUGUGGUGAGGAUAAUAGGUUAUAGUGAUCAUUAGUGGAAAUCUGUGUGGUUUGAAGAAUCUGUUUUGUGUUGUAUGUAUCAAAGAGUGUGUAAGAAGGAUGUAACGGUAUUUUGUAUCUACGUAUUACAUACUCUUUGAUUGUGUCGCAUGGUUAUCAAUGUUAAAAAAAAGUCUGAUUAGUUAAAUGUUGUCUUGCACAGUAUUAACCAUUACAACUGACUUUCAAUGGUAUUAAUUCACAUUCCUAAACAUUUUCCCAGUUAGGCUAUUAUUACCACCAGGCAAAUUCAAACUGCAUUUUUUGUACUUCCAUUAGUAUUAAUUUGUCGUGACAAAUUUCCCAAGUGGGUUUGUAAAUUAUAUAGUAGCAGUUAUGCUAGUAAACAAACUAGUUGCUACAUUCCUUCACUUACGUCCCAUUAUUUAUAAAUGGAAAGUAGUCAACUAAUUUGUUUGCUAAUAUGAUUAGUAUGUAUGCAAUAAGUGUGUAGAUUUUUUUCCAGGCAGCAGUAGAAGUGCGUAAUAAUAUCAUCUUCGUCCGUAUUACUCAGUAUUAUUAUUAACAAUGGUUGUUUACUUAUUAUAUUUGGAAGAGCAUAAUAUUAAAAUUGCGACAGUAUUAUCGAUGAAUAUGUAAAUACUCUUGCCAGAUGUGAAAACAUCUUCAAUUUUUUGUAUAGAGAUUUGAUUACCAUGUGACCUGCUUGAAAUCAAUUUUAUGAUGAAUGUUCAGUUGUUACGUGCAUGUAAUUUAACAUUAAUUUAUUCUUAACUUAAUUGAAUUGUAUUUAUUGUAAAUAGUUGAAAUUAUGUUGUUUUGUUGUAACACAGGAUGCCAAUAUACAGUGGAUUGUGUCAUAUAGGCGUUUAGUGCUAAUGACACAUUCAGUGUAGUUGUUUUGCAUAUUGUUCAUUUUAAACAUGUAUCUGCAAUCAGCUGUUUUAGACAAGUAAAUCCUCUCGAUAUUGCUAUUCUGUGAUGGACUAUGAUUAUUAAAAGUAAAAAUUGAUAUUAA